CUCCUUUUCCCGCGCGCGGGAAAAAGCAGUCAGAAGAGGAGAAGGCAGGAUGGCGUCGGGAAAAGGCGGCGAGAAGCUGGGCCUACGCGGGGACUACGACGCCGAGAUGGACAAGGCGGCGUCCUUCCUGGAGGGAUUCUUCUCCAGCUCUUCCUCUUCUCUCCCUUCGGACCAGGCCGGGAAGCGCUUCCCCUACCGGGAGCAGCUGACCCUUCUGGCGCACCGCGAGGCCUCCACGCUGCGGGUGGACCUGGACGACGUGGCCGAGGAGGACCCGGCCUUGGCGGAAUCAGCCUGCGAGAACGCCCCCCGCUACCAGCGCCUCUUCGCCGACGCCGCCGCCCGGCUCCUGCCCGCCUACAAGCAGAGAGAGAUUGUGCACAAGGAUGCACUGGACGUCUACCUGGAGCACCGGCUGCUGCUGGAAGGGCGCCGAGGAGGAGGCGGGGAAAGGGGGGCUGCGCAGUCCCGCCCCCCGCAGAACAACUUCCCUGCAGAACUCAUGCGCAGAUUCGAGCUCUACUUCAAGGCUCCUUCCGGGAUGAAGCCCCGCGUGAUCCGCGAGGUGAAGGCCGACUGCAUUGGGAAGCUGGUAACUGUCCGGGGCAUCGUGACCCGCGCCUCGGAGGUCAAGCCCCGGAUGGUGGUGGCCACCUACUCCUGCGACCGCUGCGGGGCCGAGACCUACCAGCCGAUCCUGGCCCCCACCUUCACGCCGCUCCUGAUGUGCCCCAGCCGCGAGUGCCAGACCAACCGGGCCGGGGGGCGCCUCUACCUCCAGAGCCGCGGAUCCAAGUUCGUCAAGUACCAGGAGCUCCGCAUCCAGGAGCUGAGUGACCAGGUCCCGGUGGGCAACCUGCCCCGCUCCCUGACGGUCAGUGCGCAGGGGGAGAACACGCGCCUGGUGCAGCCCGGGGACCACGUCAGCAUCACCGGCGUCUUCCUGCCUGUGCGGCAGACCGGCUUCCGGCAGAUCAUGCAGGGCUUGCUCUCGGACACUUACCUGGAGGCGCACCACAUUGGCUGCCUGAGCAAGAGCGAGGAGGAGGAGCUGGGCGAAGGGGAGCUCUCCGAGGAGGAGCUGCGCCAGAUCACCGAGGAGGACUUCUAUGAUAAGCUGGCGGCCUCCAUCGCCCCCGAGAUCUACGGCCACGAAGACGUCAAGAAGGCGCUACUGCUGCUUCUGGUGGGCGGCGUGGACCAGAACCCGCGCGGCAUGAAGAUCCGGGGGAACAUCAACAUCUGCCUCAUGGGGGACCCUGGCGUGGCCAAGUCCCAGCUGCUCUCCUACAUCACCCGCCUGGCGCCACGCAGCCAGUACACGACGGGGCGUGGCUCCUCCGGGGUGGGCCUGACGGCGGCGGUGCUGCGGGACCCUCUGACGGGGGAGCUGACCCUGGAGGGCGGGGCGCUGGUGCUGGCCGACCGCGGCGUCUGCUGCAUCGACGAGUUCGACAAGAUGCUGGACUCGGACCGGACGGCCAUCCACGAGGUGAUGGAGCAGCAGACCCUCUCCAUCGCCAAGGCCGGCAUCCUGACCACCCUCAACGCCCGCUGCGCCAUCCUGGCGGCCGCCAACCCGGCCUUCGGGCGCUACAACCCCCAGCGCAGCCUGGAGCAGAACAUCCGCCUCCCGGCCGCCCUGCUCUCCCGCUUCGACCUCCUCUGGCUCAUCCAGGACCGCCCCGACCGCGACAACGACCUCCGCCUGGCCCAGCACAUCACCUACGUCCACCAGCACAGCCGGCAGCCGCCCUCCCAGCUCCAGCCACUGGACAUGGGCCUCAUGAGGCGCUACAUUGCGACGUGCAAGCGUAAGCAGCCCACGGUUCCGGAGUCCCUGGCCGACUACAUCACGGCCGCCUACGUGGAGAUGCGCAAGGAGGCCUGGGCCAACAAGGACACCGCCUACACCUCGGCCCGGACCCUGCUGGGCAUCCUGCGCCUGGCCACUGCCCUGGCCCGGCUGAGACGCGUGGACGCUGUGGAGAAGGAAGACGUGAACGAGGCCAUGCGCCUGAUGGAGAUGUCCAAGGACUCCCUUUUGGCUGACAAGGGACAGCAGAGCAGGACCCAGCGCCCCGCAGAGCUGAUCUUUGCGGCCAUCCGAGAAAUGACCGCAUCCGGAGGGGCCCGCUCCCUCUCCCUGGCCGAAGCGGAGCAGCGCUGCCUGUCCAAGGGCUUCACUCCCGCCCAGUUCCAGGACGCGCUGGACGAGUACGAGGAGCUCAACGUCUGGCAAGUGAACCAGAAGAAGACCCGCCUCACCUUUGUCUGAGUGGCACCUCCCUUCAGGGAGGGGAGGGCUUCCCACACUUUCGAGCGCUUCCUCCCCCCCUCCUUCUCCUUUUUAUAUCAUCUAGUUCAUUCCUUAGCCUUCAAUAAAGUUUUCUGUAUCUCA